AUGGCCACAGACCACUUGACCCCGGUGACACCUGAUAACAAGGUCAUGGGGGACUUGUCCACGUAUGAACCGACAAGUUCCCCCGUGGAGACCCCGAUUCCCAUCCUCUUCAAGAAGGACUUUGAAAAGUUGCCUCGAAGGGAUUUUGAAGAUGUUUAUAUCCCGUGCCCCCAACCCAGACAGACAACUUGUCCCAAUUCUCUGUGGAAGACUGAGGACCCAAGCUUUAAGGAGGCUGCCAUUCCUGAUAUAGGUUUAUUCAUGCACAAAGAAUCUGUCAACAUCAGCGAGUGGAACAGACUCGCUCAUUUUAAUAAUCCUUUCGGUUUCAUGGAGUAUAACUACAAUGAGGUGAAGGCAGCUGUGGAUUUGAUCCCGAAGCCAAAGGAGCCAUUACUUUUCCCCAGGAAAGACUCGAAUGGAUGUGUGCGUUGUGCCGUUGUUGGCACUGCCGGCAUCCUCAAUGGCUCUCACAUGGGACAAGAAAUAGAUUCACAUGAUUAUGUGUUCCGGAUGAAUGGUGUUGUCACAGAGGGUUAUGAGGAAGACGUGGGGGGAAAGACCUCAGUAUACGUUCACCCAGCCCACUCCAUUACAGCAUCACUGUAUUAUUUCAAGAAAUACGGAUUCAAAACCAUCCCUCACAACGAGGGUAUUAAGUAUGUGAUGAUUCCUGAGGGUCUGAGGGAUUUCCAGUGGCUGCAGGGUCUUCUCAGUAGAGAAAGGGUCUCCAAUGGUCCAUACAAGUACUACCGGCCAUGGACAUAUUAUGCAGGGCAGUUUGAUGAAAAUCGUUUCUACGUUCUUCAUCCAGACUUUCUCAGAUAUGUGCGGAACAGGUUUCUGAAGUCUUCACAACUCAACGGAAAGCACUGGGCUAUAGUGAGGCCCACCAAUGGCGCUUUCACUCUGUUUCUGGCUCUGCACACGUGUGAUGUAGUUGACGCAUAUGGAUUCAUGACAGAGGACUACAGUAAAUACCCAAACUACUAUGUUGAGAGACAUACAAAAACCAAUGUUAUUUUCUUCAUCAACCAUGACUACAUCAUGGAAAUGAAAACAUGGAAGAAACUGCAUGACACUAAUAUUAUGAAGCUUUACCAAAGGAAAGACUCUGGGACAGACUCAUAG